AAGUAUUUGUGGCCAAAGUUUGAACAAAAUUAAACAAAAAUUCUGGCCCCCACUUAACUAAAUUAAACCCAAGUGCUUAAUAAAAAUGUCCACUGAAUUUGGAAGUUGAGUGUUGUUAAAAUGUGUUACAAAAUUCCUUUAGACAAUUGUAUAAGAUAAAUUAAGCCUCGAUGUUCAGCAAUUUCAACUAAGCUAAAAUCAAUACUGCAAUCAACAUAUGUGGAAAAUUAUACUGACUAAAGUUCAAUACGUUAGGUAAAUUAAGUUGUUCAAACAAUUAAAUCGUUUCGAGCUGGCAUCAAAAUUUUCGCCUACGUGCAGUGAAAAAAUUUUCCGAUUUUUAGUAUGUACAUGUACGUGGAAGCGCUCGUAGGCGCCUUGGCGUUGCGCGAAGGCGGAGGUGGUAGUGUUGGGCAAGCUUUUGCCACCCUCUACUUAACGCGCUGCUGUUAACGGCUUUCUGUCACGAACAACAAAUGGCCAACGCAAUGUGCGCACAUAUAAGUAACAAAUCGCCAAAUAUUCUACAGUUCAAGUGUACAAAAUGUCAAAAACUCAAACUCAAAAUGGAGUGCAAAUCAAAUCGAAAUUAAUAACAUUAAGUUGAAAUUACAGUGAAAGCAGCACUAACAGCGUUAUAACAGCCGCAGCCAACUUUGCGGAGGCGAGCUUUUCUCUCUCUCUCUCACACACACACACACACUCUUCUUCUGCCCACCCACGACUUGUAAGCAGAAUGGUUCAAUGAAAGUUAGAAGCGCGGAUAAGGAUAAAAUUCCAACAGCGUCGCUCUCUGGCCUCGAGUAGUAAUAGUAGAAGCCAUAUACCAAUACAAGGACACGCGCUAGAAAUAUAAAAGCUCACACUCAAGGACUGGAAUACGCAGGCAAGGCAACGACAACAACGACGGCGACAUUUACGUUUUACGCGCUAAAUCAACUACGCUCUCUCUGUCUAUGCGAAGUGUGACUGGCUGUAGUUGUAGUUGUGUUAGUAGUGCGUGCGUGUGAAUGAGCGCGCGCCAAUUGCAACAUAUCCAUAUCAGAGAACACAGAGAACAAAGGGAUAAAUACAUACAUAUACAUAUGUAUAUGCCAAUGAGGCAAUGACAGCGCAUAUCAUACUAUCGUGCGUUAAUAAAAUGGACAACGUUGACAAGCUGCUGUCCCAAUCAAUGCCAUGCCAGUUGGCCGGGCCCAUUGAGCGGUCCGCGAAGCUCAACGAUAACGCCAACGCCACUGGCAAUGCCCAUCUCAGCUCCUGUACCAGCGCCAUUUCCUCCAACUUGCUGUACAACAAGGCGCGUCGACGUCGAAGAACUAAAACUGCUGCUGCUGAUGAGGAAAGCACAGCACAUGCGUCGCAACGAAGUCCACUUAUAGUGGAGCAUCGGCGCUCGUAUCGCGUGCUCAUAGUCACGGCUCUGUUGGUCAGUCUGGUAGCCAGCUUUAUAACGAUUAGCGCUGGCUUCCAGCUGGAUGGAUCGCAGAACUCCUUCUAUACCUUUCGCAAAUGGUACACUGGCCUAAAUGGCACGCUGGAGCUGGAGUUUAAGACAGAGCAGCCAAAUGGUCUCGUGCUCUAUACCGACGAUGGCGGCACCUAUGACUUCUUUGAGCUCAAGCUGGUAGAGGGUGCGUUGCGCUUGCGCUAUAAUCUAGGCGGAGGUGCGCAGAUAAUUACCGUGGGAAGGGAACUGCACGAUGGGCACUGGCACAAGGUGCAAGUGAUACGUAAUGAUGAGCAGACCUCGCUGAUUGUCGACGGCGUCUCCCAGCAGCGCUCUACCAAAGGCAAAGAGUUCCAGUUCGGCAAGUUUGCCAGCAACUCGGAUGUCUACGUGGGUGGCAUGCCCAACUGGUACAGCAGCAAGCUGGCGCUACUCGCUCUGCCCAGCGUCAUCUUUGAGCCACGCUUUCGUGGCGCCAUACGCAAUCUUGUCUAUGCGGAUCAGCCCGGCGGAGUGACCAGACGGCAGGAGAUGAAACAGCCACGUGACAUAAAGUGCGGCGAUGCGCCCUGCGAUCACGGCGAGAUGCCUGCUCGUGAAAGGGGCUUGCGGGGCGUUCGUGGGAAUACAACGGAUGCAUGCGAGCGCAACGAUCCCUGCCAGCACGGCGGCAUAUGCAUAUCCACGGAUUCCGGUCCAAUUUGCGAGUGUCGUAAUCUCGAGUACGAUGGCCAGUAUUGUGAGAAGGAGAAGGCGCCAUCUGAAGCAACGUUCCGUGGUACACAGUUCCUCUCGUACGAUUUGGGCCAGACGGGUGCAGAGCCCAUUGUUAGUGCCCAGGAUGCUAUAUCCUUUUACUUUCGCACGCGUCAGCCCAACGGGCUGCUCUUCUACACUGGACAUGGUACGGAUUAUCUUAACUUGGCGCUGCGCGAUGGCGGUGUCUCGUUGACUAUGGGUCUGGCGAAUGGCAAGCAGGAGAUGCAUAUUAAGCCCUCCAAGGUGCGCUUUGAUGAUCAUCAAUGGCACAAGGUGACGGUGCAUCGGCGCAUACAAGAGAUCUCCUCCAUCACCAGCUUCUGUCGGCUGGUUACUGUGGUGGAUGAUGUGUACACGGAUCAUUCUCACAUUGCGGGAAAGUUCACUAUGCUAUCCUCUUCGCGCGUAUAUGUGGGUGGCGCCGUAAAUCCUCGAGCGCUGCUUGGCGCACGUGUUCACAACAAUUUUGUGGGCUGUUUACGCAAAGUAGAGUUCUCGGCAGAUACGCUCAAUCUGAAUCUCAUUGAUUUGGCCAAAAGCGGUUCCAAGCUCAUACAAGUGGCUGGCAAUGUGGAGUAUCAGUGCCCCAGCGGCGACCCCCAAGAUCCGGUUACUUUCACGACGCGUGAAUCUCACUUGGUGCUGCCUCCUUGGGAGACUGGCAAGCAAAGCUCUGUAAGCUUCAAGUUUCGCACUAAGGAACCCAAUGGAAUUAUCAUCCUAGCCACAGGCUCCAAGCAACCGCGUGCUAAAAAUCCCGCUUUGAUUGCCAUUGAGCUGCUUAAUGGUCACAUCUAUAUACAUCUGGACUUGGGCUCAGGAGCUUCUAAGGUGCGCGCUUCCCGGCGACGCGUGGAUGAUGGCGACUGGCAUGAUCUUAUACUGCGGCGCAAUGGACGCGAUGCCAAGGUGAGUGUCGAUGGUGUCUGGAAUGAUUUUCGAACGCCUGGCGAUGGGACUGUGCUCGAACUGGACGGUCAUAUGUACAUAGGGGGCGUGGGGCCCGCCUACAACAGUAUUGCCUGGCCGGCGGCCAUUUGGACAGCAACAUUGCGUCAGGGAUUCGUGGGCUGUUUGCGUGACCUCGUACUCAGCGGCAAGGCAAUCGAUAUAGCAGCCUUUGCACGCGUGCAGGACUCGGCCUCGGUGAAGCCCUCAUGCCAUGUGCAGGGCAACGUAUGCACCGGCAAUCCUUGCCUCAACGGCGGCAGCUGCCUGGAGGGCUGGAAUCGACCCAUUUGCGACUGCUCGGCCACACUCUAUGGCGGACCCAUUUGUGGACGUGAACUGGCCACGUUGGCCUUCAAUGGCAGCCAGCACAUGACUAUUUGGCUGGCCAAUGGACAAGGCACCAAGACACAAACCGAGGAGCUGGUGCUGCGCUUCAAGACCUCACGUCCCGCCGGACUGCUACUGCUUACAAGCGCCGAAUCGAAUUCACCGGAUCGCCUAGAAAUAGCUUUGGUUGCGGGACGCAUACGGGCCAGUGUGCGGCUCAGCGAUCGGGAGAAGAAUCUGCUCGCUGGGCAAUCAGUGUUGAACGAUAAUAACUGGCAUACCAUACGCUUCUCACGCAGAGCUUCAAAUCUGCGCCUACAAGUUGACGGGGCUCCCCCCGUCAGGGGUAUGUUAUCUGAGACAAUACUUGGACGCCAUAGCACUAUGGAGAUACGCUCCAUACACUUGGGUGGUCUCUUCCACGCAGAGGAGGAAAUACAAAUGACAUCCACCAUGCCGAACUUUGUGGGACAAAUGCAGGGACUCAUAUUCAAUGGCCAGCGCUACUUGGACAUAGUUAAGUCUUUGGGUCCUGAACUGUCAGCCUUGCCCAGUGCUACUUUUAAGCUAACAGCACGCUUUGUCAACUCCCCGCCAGGACAGCCAUAUCAUGCAGCAACCUUCCGCUCCAAGCACUCCUAUGUGGGCCUGGCCAUGCUCAAAGCUUACACCAGCGUCUCCAUAGAUUUCAGAUUCAAGACAGUGGAACCCAACGGACUGCUUGUAUUCAAUGGCGGGCGUCGCAACGAUUUUGUAGCUGUGGAGUUGGUUAAUGGGCACAUACACUACACUUUUGAUUUGGGCGAUGGACCAGUCACCAUGCGGGAUAAGUCACGCAUACAUAUGAACGACAAUCGCUGGCAUCAGGUUAGCAUACGCAGGCCCGGACCCAAGACGCAUACGCUGACGGUGGACGACUCCUUUGAGAUUAUAUCGCUGACGGGCAACAAUAUGCAUCUGGAGUUGGCGGGCAUACUCUAUAUAGGUGGCGUCUUCAAGGACAUGUACUCCAAGCUGCCGGGCUCAAUAUCCUCGCGUUCUGGCUUUGAAGGCUGUCUGGCCUCGCUUGAUCUGGGCGAUACGUCGCCUUCGCUUACCAACGAUGCCGUUGUGCCCAGUUCGCUGGUGGUCACCGGCUGUGAGGGACCGACCAAGUGCAGUCAGAAUGCUUGCGCCAAUCGUGGCAUCUGUGUGCAGCAGUGGAAUGCCUAUGCCUGUGAAUGCGACAUGACAUCCUAUACUGGUCCCACCUGCUAUGAUGAGUCCAUUGCCUACGAGUUUGGCAACAACAAGGGCAUGGUCCAGUACACAUUCCCAGAGAGCGCUCAGGUGGAUACGGAAAAUGAUAAUAUUGCCCUGGGCUUUAUUACCACCAAACCGGAUGCAGUGCUGCUGCGGAUUGAGAGCGCCACCACUCAAGACUACAUGGAGCUGGAGAUAGUUGAGGGCAAUAUCUUUAUGGUCUACAACAUUGGCAGCGUGGAUCUACCGCUGGGCGAAAUCGGCACCAAGGUCAAUGACAAUGCCUAUCAUGUGGUGCGCUUCUCACGCAAAGGUGGUAACGCCACACUCCAACUGGAUGACUAUAAUGUUCAGGCGCUUAAUCCGCAAUCGCAUCACUCGACCGUGUUUAACACCAUGUCGAACAUUCAAGUGGGCGGUAAAUUUAGUCGCAACGGUCGCACUAGAAUCGAACGUCCAUUUGCCGGCGUCAUUGCCGGUUUGUCGGUGAACAAAUUGCGCAUCUUGGACCUGGCCGUUGAGCGUGAUCCUCAUAUCACCAUACGUGGAGAUGUUCAAUUGGUAACUGGAGUAUUAGAUAGAAAUGAUCUGCAGAGAAUGCAGCAGACUUUGAAUUCUACUCGACAGACGCCGGCAAGUGGCUAUCCAGGUGCCAUAGAUGAUUUGAUAUUCUCCGGUGCUGGUUCCGGUUGUCGCGGCGAUGAUGAGGACGAAUGCACACCACCCUUCGAAUCGGGCAGUGGCGAUGAUCUCAUAACGCCUGUCUAUGUGCCGCCCACCAAACAGACUACAACCGCCGGGCAGCAGGGCAGCAAUGCGAGCGUUGAUCGCAGCAGCAGCAACAACAGCAACUCAAGCAAUAACAAUGGAACUGAACGUGCCUGCGAUGAUGAGGACUGUGUGCAUGGCUCUGGGGAUUAUGGCGAGACCACAGAGCAAUUCACAUCGACUAGCACGGCCAAGGGUGCAGAGUCCAAUAAUGAGCUGGUUACCGGCUCCACUACAGGACGCAGCGAACUCACCACGGAGCAGCAGCAACACAGCAGCAGCAGCAGUAGCAGCAGCAGCAGUUUAGGCAGCAGCAGCACCAGCAACUAUAUGACCACCAUGUCCAGCGCUGCCGGCAGCAGCAGCACCUACAGCAGCAGCAGCAGCAGUCCCACAAGCAUCGUUGUGUCGACGCAGCGCAGCAGCAGCAGCACCAGCACAACAACAACCAGCAGCACAACUACAACCACCACCACCAGUACUACAACGCCCACGCCCGAAAUUCGCACUACGGCCACAGAGCGUGAUGUUUACAUCGCCAUAGGUGGUGGGAUUGGCUCGGAUGAUCGCGAUCAUGAGCGAAUGCAGCUGCCGGAGGAGCACUUGCCACCUAUGCCACCCCCGUUGCCGCCACAGCCAGAUCCACCACCAUAUGGUCCAUAUGGCAGCAACACUUACAACAGCAACAUGAAUAAUUAUCGUCCCAAGGGCAAAGGACGCGUCAACACCAUUGAGGAGGAGCGCACUGCCAUGAUCAUUGGCAUUGUGGCUGGCAUACUUAUAGCAGUUAUACUGGUUAUACUGCUGGUGUUGUGGCUCAAGUCGAACGGCGAUCGCGGCUAUAAAACAGAGAGCGAAAAGGCCGCCGCUUAUGGCUCCCACAAUCCCAAUGCAGCGUUGCUGGGCAACACCAGCACCAAUGGCUCCUAUCAUCAGCAGCGACAACACCAUCAGGCAGCGGGACAGCAUCAUCCACAGCAGCAGCAGCAGCAGCAGCAACAACAGCAACAUCACAAUAAUGGCGUGGGGGGUGGCAUGAUGUCAAGCGGCAGCGGCUCCUUGGGCUAUGGCAGCGAUGGACGACCUCAGAUGGCGGGUCUAGUGCAGCCAAAGGCCAAGAAACGCGACUCCAAGGAUGUCAAGGAGUGGUAUGUGUAAGCUGCCCAAGCUGAGAAUUGCAUUAGAACCAACAGUGUGUGUCAUUUGUUUGGCUACAACAAACUCUAAAUUAAUUUCGAUUUGUUACUCACAAGUUAAAAAAAAAACCAAAAAUUUACUUAUUAACACCUAAAACAAAAGCUGUUUCUAGUCAAAUGACGCACACUGUGCAUACACCACAUUGACACACAUACCUAAAUGAAAUAUUAUUAAUUAAACACACAUACAACUUGCAAAAGUGUACAAAUGACGAAAGGAUAAUAAUGCAAAACAGUUGAUUGUUUAGGAUUGGCAAUAAAUGUUUAGCGUGGUCAUAAAAUAUAUAUGCAUAACAUAUACAUAGUUAUAUAUCGUACAUAUAA